CGGCAGAAAUAUUUAUAUAUAUUUUUUGUUGAUAAUCGAAGAAUAUUUUCAUCAUAUCAUACAUAAUCGCGCGCCUAUUUUAUUUAAAAUUUGGCUACAAUGCUCAUGGCCCUCCUAGCGUAUCAUCCGGUUGUGGACUCGGUGAGUGAUCUGAGAUGGGCAUAUAUCACGGCGUAAUAAGAAUAUAUAAAUAAAUAUAAGUGCCUGUGAUAAUAAAAAAGGAACAGGCAAAAAUUAUAAAAUGAUAACGACGGAGGAAAAAGUUGAAGAGCCGCAAGAACCUGAAGUGCACUUCCAGGCCCCGGCUAUACAGAAUAAUCCUGACGGAUGGGGUCCAUGUGAAUUGCCGGACCAGUUUCGCGAUAUACCGUACCAGCCAUUUUCUAAGGGUGACAGGUUAGGAAAAAUCGCUGACUGGACAGGUCUAGCUUUCCAGGAUAAAAAAUUCACAAAUAAAUACGCGUCUCAGUUUGGCUCAGGAAGUCAAUAUGCUUACUACCACGAUGAAGAUGAGUCAACGUUUCACUUGGUGGAUACGACUCGAGUCCAAAAGCCGCCUUAUCAGCGCGGGCGCUUUGGCAAGAAUCAACGGAAUUUUCGUGGACGAGGUGGUCAACGGGGUGGAAUGAAUACAAUGCAACAGCUGGGCAAACUUAAGCCACGUGAACGCGAACGCAAAGGUCAGGCCAAACGCUGGGGUCGUCAGCAAGGAUUUCGUAACAAUAAGAACAACCCGCCAAUCAAAAUUCGUGAUGCUUCGGUGACUGUACGACCGGACUGGACUACCAUAGAAGAAAUGGAUUUCCCUCGUCUGGCAAAAUUGAGUCUGCCAAAUAUAAAGGAUGGCGAGGAUAUUUUAUGCUGCGGGUCAUUAGAGUACUAUGACAAAGCAUACGAUCGGGUCAAUGUUAAGAAUGAAAAACCACUGCAGCGUAUUGACAGAAUCUUCCAUACUGUCACCACUACUGAUGAUCCCGUCAUUCGUAAAUUAUCAAAGACCGAGGGCACAGUUUUUGCUACUGAUGCUAUUCUGGCAACAAUAAUGUGUUGCACCAGGAGUAACUACAGCUGGGAUAUAGUUAUUGAGAAAAUUGGAGACAAACUCUUUUUUGACAAAAGAGAUAACACUGAGUUUGACUUGUUGACAGUAAAUGAAACCAGCGUUGAACCUCCAACAGAUGAUGGAAACUCGCUGAAUUCACCGCGUAACUUGGCACUUGAGGCCACAUUCAUCAAUCACAACUUUUCUCAGCAAGUCCUCAAGUCCAGUGAGCCUCGAUUCAAAUUUGAGGAAGGCAACCCUUUUGUAUCUGAAGAAGAAGAAGGUGAUGUAGCAUCUGUAGCUUACCGAUACCGCAAGUGGGAUCUUAACAAUGGUAUCACUCUGGUAUGUCGUUGUGAGCACGACGCAGUAAUGCAAGGACCCAACGGCGAGACUCAAUUCUUGACAAUUAAAGCCUUAAACGAAUGGGACUCGAAGCUCGCCAAUGGUGUUGAGUGGCGUCAGAAAUUGGACACCCAGCGAGGUGCUGUUUUAGCCAACGAAUUACGUAACAACGCAUGCAAGCUCGCUAAAUGGACUGUCCAGGCUCUGCUUGCUGGCUCUGAUCAAAUCAAGUUCGGCUAUGUCUCUCGUGCCAGCGUACGCGAUUCAUCCAAACAUGUUAUACUCGGACUACAGCAAUAUAAACCAAUCGAAUUCGCGACCCAGAUUAAUUUGAACAUGGACAAUGCCUGGGGUAUUUUACGUUGCAUCAUCGAUAUCUGUCUCAAACAAAAAGACGGCAAAUACUUGAUCAUGAAGGACCCGAAUAAACCAAUGAUCAGAUUGUAUGACAUCCCAGACAAUACAUUUGAAAGCGAUGGCGAGGAAGAUGACGACGAGGAUGAACCUGUUAAUGAUGCUUUUCAAAACUAAUAUUUAUCAGAAAUAUACAUAAUUAUCAAUACUUUGUUAUAUAUUAAUAAGAACGACGUAUCUGUACUCGCCUGUUUUUAUUUAGAUUGCAUAUUAUCUGUUAUAAUACGCAUCCAGUUCUGACAAUGUUUAGUUUUAUUCAUGACUUCAAUAUACAAAUAAAGUAGGA